AUGACUUCUCUACCGCAGGAAGACGAUAUGGGGCAAGUAUCAGAUUGGUUCGAGGAGCGCCCAAUCAAUAAGACCAGUCGUCAAAAGCUCGCCCGAAUGACAGGCGACAGAGUCCUCUUUGCUGGCGUCGAUUGGGCUAAGUUUCCUGAAGGCACACAAGCAGGCAGUAAGGUUCGCAUGCUGGACUAUGCGUGCGGCCCUGGGUUUCUCAGUAAAAUCUUCGGACCAUAUGUAUCUUCGAUCCACGCAGUUGAUGCAUCCGCCGCCAUGAUCGAAAAGUACAAAAACAACAUGAACGAGUUUGGCCUUGCUUGCGAAAAGGUCGCAGUUAUGGUCGGAAACUUACUGUCGGACCCACCUGAACCUUCUCUCCUGGCUAGUGAAGAAUAUCAGCAUUUCGAUUUCAUCACAGUCGGAUCAGCCCUGCAUCACUUUCCGUCCGCGGAAAACGCUGUUAGACUCUUGGGUGAGCGGUUGAAGCCUGGCGGGGUCCUGCUCAUCCAGGAUCUGUAUAGCCACGUGAGUAGUGAAGCUGUUCAAGAGUCAGGCCAAGCAAAACAUCCGCAACAAAAGGAGGGCGAUAUAAAGGCGUUGAUGGAGAAGGCUGGCUUGGUUGAUUUCAAAUUCGAGGUUCUACAGGAAAACCUCGAGAUUGAGCUGCUGAGCGAGGAGGUGUGCCAAAUCCAGUGUUUCAUUGCCAGAGCGGCCAGGCCUUUGAGCUAG